AUGGCUGAAGACAUGUGUAUUUCACCACUUACACCGACCAGCUUUCUUCCCAAGGACACUCCACUCGUUGAAGAAACCCAGUCGCCAGUUUCGCCUCGUCUCAGCGUGGAAGACUUGGCUUCACUACUCAGGGAGAUCCCUGGAUGGUCUAGCUGUGCUGGUUGUGUGGUGGCCGAGUCCCUCGAAGAGGAGUGUGCGAAGCCUUUGGACAUGGUAUCGAAGUUGAACCUGGCUUGCGACGACCACACUCCCACAGAUUCGGGUGUCAGUCUGGAUGUGAAUGUCAAUGGGACUGAAAGUGAGAACAGUGAGCCUCUAGUAUGUCGACGAUCAUCGAGUAUCUAUUCUGACGACCCUGUGCUGCAAGAGAUUGAAAUUGCUGACGAGAUCCAGGGCCCUUCCACUUCUGCGAAGCCGCGACUCAGAAUUGAUACCAAGGCCGGUUGUGAGCUGAAUGCCUGGGCUAUCAGAGCGCGAUACUAUCCAACUGAGAGUUGCAAUGAAGACUCGAGUUGGCCCAUUUCGGAUUCAGGUUCUUCUAUCGAGGAGUACUUCGAACCACCUCUCAAGGAGGGUUCUGAGGAACCUUCCGAGGACGAGAACUCUGAUGAUGGGGAUUCUGAUGGCGAGAACUCCGGUGAUGGGGAGUCUGAUGAUGAAGACUACCUUGCAACUCCAGUGAAAAGAAAGUUGGCCUGGCAAAGAUGGUUCGCUGCAUCAAAGCCUCACGUGCCACGGGGCCAGUGGUGGGGUGUUGUGUGGGAACAAGAAGUGCAAAAGAUCAAAAUGAGAGAGAUUCGCAACCGGGGCUAUUGGCUGUCACCUGUGAGCGGAGAACCUGCACGCUUCUGUGAGAGCCCCGAGAGUUAUUAUGAUGAAGAAGACUCGGAUGAGGGGAGUUCCAGUGGUGAUGAGGAUAGUAGCGACGAUGAGGAAGAUGUUGAAUCUCCCCGCAAGGCUCUGGAGAGCAGGAUUUACACUUGGGCAGAAAAUGUCGACAGUCUCAGUACACUGCGCUCCCAAUUUUGUGAGAGCCCCAAGGACUAUGAUCAAAGUGAUGCCCCUCCUAACACUCCUGCAGAAAAUGGCGCCGAAGUCCCAUGCUACAAUACCGUCACAGAAGCAGACCUCCAAUCUUUCCGCGAAGAGUAUGCACGACUCCUGGCUGCGCCUAAGAGCGAGGCUGAGGAGGGAUCCAUGUCUCCAAAGAAGUCAGCGGGGAUUUCUCCUAUCGAAGCUUUUGUUGACAGUCCAGCGUUUAUAAUCAGUCCUACCGAUAUCUUCGAAUCAUUCCACGAGUUGGCCCACGCCAAUCGUGAAUUCAACUUUGUCUUCCGCGACUUGAAGCAGUCGUUCCCCAUCGAGGAUGAUGCCGUCUCACCAACAACUGCUCUCCCUCGACUUCUAGCCGAUCACCGCGCUCCGUUGGAGACAAAGUUGGUUAAGAAUAAGCCCCCAUGUUUCAAGUUGUGGAGCCGAGUCAAAAAGGCCAUCAAAUCCUACUACAAGUUGAAGAAGUCGUCUCGACCUUGA